AUGGUUAAUGAUAUUAAUAAAAAAAUAUCAAAUAAAUAUUUUAAUCAACAAUCUACACUACUUUCUAAUGACAAAUUGUAUUUUGAAAAUGUCCAGCAAAAAGAAAAUGUUAAUAUUGACAUUAAUAAAGAUUCAUUAAAAAUUUUUAAUUCAAUAGGGUAUCCAUUACAUUGUUUAAAAAUAGCUAAAAGAUGUAUACUUAUAUGUUUAAGAAAUUUAAAUAUAAAAGAAGGAUUAUGUAAUGAUACAAGAAUAAUUUUUAAAGAAAUUGUCAAAACAUUAAUUGGUUUACAAAAACUUUUAAGAUACAAAUCACUAGAUGGUAAAAAAGUUUUUUUGAUACCACAAAUAAUAUUUUCACUUAUUGAUAUUAAAGUACCAAUACUUUUUACAAGAUAUCAAUAUCCUGUAAAACUUAGAUAUUAUAAGGCUGAAAUUUUUUUUCAUGGUCAAUUAUAUGUUGCUUUAAGUCAUGUUAAAUCUUCAAAAGAUGUAAAAAUAAAAUGUACAUAUAAACAAGUGCUUUCAAUAAAAGUCAAAAUACAAAUUUCAAUAAGUACAAGUUUUUUAAAUUGCAAUGACAAUGAUUUGGAAAAAUUUACUUUAGAAAUACCAAAUGAAAUAAAUUGUGAUGAAAAAUUAUUUUGGCAUCAAGAAAUGAAACAAGUUAUACAAUUAAAUGCUACAACUAAGGAAUGUUUACCUGUAAUGAAAUUUUUGUAUGUUUCAAGAAAAUAUGUUAUUAUUAUGGAUAAAAGUAGUAUUAUUAAUAAACAUGUUUUAUUAAUACAUUCAAAAAACAAAUUUUUUGAUCAUCCAAUAUGUUUACCAACAAAAAAACUUUAUUUCAAGUUUAAUAAUGGAUAUUUUAUUGAUGUUCGCAAGAAGAAUUAUUGGUCAAUUGAACAACUUGACGACGAAAUUUAUGAUCCACUUCUUUUAAGAUCAUAUACAACCACCAAUCUUACAAAAAAAGCUUUUUUGUUAGGAAUACAAUCUCAACUAACAUUGAAUCCUUUCAAUUAUAAAUUAAAUCAAAAUAUUAACAGCGAUGAAUUAUACAAAAGUUUUUACUUUAUUACUGGAUUUAAACUGAAUAAUAAUGAAGCUACAAUUAAAAGAGGAUAUGAAUUUUUAGGAAAUGUAACAAAUGGUAUUGCUAAUUCAACAUUUCAACAUCUAUGCUAUAAAAACAAUAAAAAAAUCAAAAAUAUUGAAAAUGGUAAUACAUUAGAAGAAAAAGUUAGAACUUAUCUUAAAAGAAGUGAUGUUACAUGCAAAAGCAAAGAUAAAUUUGGAGCAUUUGAAGUUGAAACAUAUGCUAUAAUUUUAUGCCCAUACUUACAAAACAAGGAGACUUAA